CAGGAGAUAUCACAGCAAUGGACGUCCUCGCUCAGAUCAAGGCGGACCACGACAACGUCAAGAGCUUGUUCGCCAAGUACAAGGCUGCGUCUGGCUCUGAAAAGACCUCGCUCGCUCAGACUCUCAUCUCUGAGAUGAAGGCCCACAGCGCUGCUGAGGAUGCGUCCAUCUACGCCGACUACGCCAAGUUCGGCCUGAACGCCGCCUCCAACAAACAGGAGCAUGCCGAGAUCAACAAGCUCGUCGCUGGUGCCUCCGCUUCUGACGACGCCGCUGUCACCAAGGCCGUCACCACCUUCAUCUCCCACUCCGACGAGGAGGAGUCUCAGCAAUGGCCCACCAUCAAGGCCAAGCUGUCCGCUGGUGAGAGCGAAGCCCUUGCGAAGCAAUUCGUCAACGCUAAGAAGAGCGCUGCAUGAAUGUCGGGAUAAGCCUGGCGUCCGGAGGACUGGAUGGCGGUGGCCUCCUACUGUUGUACGAUUCUGUGUACGAUAUGGUGUCAAUACAUUGGGAUCAUGCGCA